AGCACUCACGCAGAAGACGGCUUGCCGCUCCGCAUCCCCCCGCCAUGGACAGGGGUCCUAGAUAGUGCUGGGCAAUCUAGAGAGCUCGGCCCACUCCCCGAGCUCCUCACCGCACUCCACCAUGAAACCCCCGACCACACGAGACAUCCUCCACACGCGCAGCAUCACCCGGCCGGAUCUUACCCGCCUAUCCACGAUCUCGCCCUAGGCUGACCACGUAACCCGUAUCGAUGCCCGCCUUCGCCGCCCGCCACAUCCCGCGUCUCGCCCGCGCCUUCACCACGCUCAAUCCGCUGCCGGCCACGUUCAUCCGCGGCGGCACCUCGAAGGGUAUAUUCAUCGACGCGAAGCACCUCCCCCCGUCGCGCGAUGAGUGGGGCCCGAUCUUCCAGGGAAUUAUGGGUUCCCCGGACCCGUUCGGGCGGCAGCUCAACGGGAUGGGCGGGGGGAUCAGCUCGCUCUCCAAGAUCUGCGUGGUCGGCUGUUCGACCGCGAAGCCCGAGACGGCCACCGGCGACUACGACAUCGCAUACACGUUCGUCCAGGUCGGCAUCCGCGACGGCAUCCUCGACUUCUCUGGCAACUGCGGGAACCUUACCGCCGCCAUUGGCAUCUUCGCGCUGGACGAGAAGCUCUGCCGCAUCCCGAGCUUGGAGAUGAUCCCUGGAGAGACGGAUCUUGGUCGCAGGAAGGCGACGCUGAACCUGCUCAAUACCAACACUGGGAAGAUCGUCUGCACGCAGUUCCCUGUCGAAAGGAGCACGGGAUUGGCCAUGCUGAACGAAUCCGAGAUCGCCAUCGCCGGUGUUGCUGGAAAGGGCUCCCGCGUCGUCCUCGAGUUUCUAGACCCUGCUGGAGCGAAGACGGGGAAGCUGCUGCCGACGGGUCGACCUCGCGACGAGGUUGUGCUCACGUCAGGACAGAAAGUGGUAGUGUCCUGUGUCGACGCCACCAACCCCACCGUCUUCGUCGCGGCAACGCACAUCUUCCCCUCUCUCGACGACUUCUUCGCCGUUUCCUGGCCAGACGCCGUCUUCCCAACGCUGGAGGAGAUCCGACAAGCGGCCGCGGUGAAGAUGGGCCUCGACCCGACCACGCAGGCACAGCCAAAGAUCUGCCUUGUUGCUCCGCCGAGCGGAACCCUGGAUUUCUGCCACAUCGCUGCGAAGGCACUAAGUAUGGGCGCACUGCAUAAGGCGAUUCCGUCCACCGUGGCGCUCUGUCUGGCGGCGGCGGCGUGCGUGCAAGGCAGCGUGAUCCACGAGCUCGUCGGUGAUGGGAACGGAGACGUGGGUGUCGAGAUUCCCGGAGGAGUUGUCGGGCUGAAGGCGAGGUUUGAGGGCGAGCGGGUGACAAGCGUCGCCAUCGAGCGCACGGCGAGGAAGUUGAUGCGUGGUGAGGUUUAUUGGUGAGAGAUACGGACGGAGGUGCUUACCUAUUG